UCUGGCGACGCUUCAAGCUGCUGGGCGUCCUCAUCAUACGCUGACUUCUAACUCUGCAGCCCGGAUGCUAAUUUAGACUCAUGAGUAAGCAAUUCAAAACUGUCUGCUGCUCCUAGACGGAAAAGAGGAUCUCCUCGCAUCAUUUCUCCUCGCUCUCCACAGUGGGAGUGUUUUCAUGCAGCAUUAGCCUCACAGAUUUGCCUGCGCUCUUUGUCACAGUGCGACCACCUGCACUUGGAACCCGGCAAAAGGCGGUGGCUGUCCACAAGAACACAAGCAGCUGAGACCGGAGCAUUUGUGCAGCUACACCCCCCCAAAGAAAAGCUCCCAGCUGCCCCCCCGCCUGCUCCAGAAGCAUGUCGUCCACCGGGGAAGUACCAGGCUUCUUCAAGAGCAUGGGCUCCGACAGCCCGGCCAGGCCGAGGCAGCAGUUCUGUGGCAUGUUCUGCCCGGUGGAGGGCUCCUCCGACAGCAAGACGCUGGACUUUGACGCGCUCUCGAUGUGCAGGGGCCGGAGCGACAGAGGCGUCAUUGACCGGCAGACCGACAUCUCCCAGCCGAGGAAGGUGGAGAUCAGGUUGAGCACCGGGAAAGAAGCUCUGCAGAACCUGGACGAUAAAAGGAGUGACCGUCUCCUCAUUAAAGGGGCGAAGAUCGUGAACGAUGACCAGUCGUUCUGUGCUGACAUCUACAUCGAGGAUGGAGUCAUCAAACAAAUUGGGGAAAACCUCAUCGUGCCCGGCGGGGUCAAAACCAUCGACGCCCACAGCCGCAUGCUGAUGCCGGGCGGCCUCGACACGCACACUCGUUUCCAGAUGCCGGAUCGAGGCAUGACGUCUGCAGACGACUUCUACCAGGGGACCAAGGCCGCGCUCGCCGGAGGCACCACCAUGAUCAUUGACCACGUGGUACCGGAGCCCGGCGUCAGCCUCCUCGCCGCCUUCGAGCAGUGGCGCGAAUGGGCCGACAGCAAGUCCUGCUGCGACUACUCUCUGCACGUGGACAUCACCGAGUGGCACCGGGGCAUCCAGGAGGAGAUGGAGGCGCUGGUGAAGGAUCACGGUGUCAACUCUUUCCUGGUCUAUCUGGCUUAUAAAGACGUUUUCCAGCUCACUGACGCUCAGGUGUACGAGGUGUUCAGUGUGAUCCGCGACCUGGGGGCCAUCGCUCAGGUGCACGCCGAGAACGGAGACAUCGUAGCUGAGGAGCAGUGCAAGAUCCUGGAGCAGGGGAUCACUGGGCCUGAAGGCCACGUGCUGAGUCAUCCUGAGGAGGUGGAGGCGGAGGCUGUGAACCGCUCGGUGACCGUGGCCAAUCAGACCAACUGUCCCCUGUACGUCACCAAGGUGAUGAGCAAAAGCGCCGCUGAUGUCAUCGCUCAGGCGAGGAAGAAGGGCACCGUGGUCUACGGCGAGCCGAUCACUGCCAGCCUGGGAACGGACGGUUCCCACUACUGGAGCAAGAACUGGGCCAAAGCGGCCGCCUUCGUCACCUCCCCCCCCCUGAGCCCCGACCCGACCACACCAGACUAUCUCAACUCCCUGCUCUCCUGCGGCGACCUGCAGGUGACAGGAAGUGCCCACUGUCCCUUCAACACCGCCCAGCGUGCCGUGGGCAAGGACGACUUCAGUUUGAUCCCCGAGGGCGUCAACGGCACCGAGGAGAGGAUGUCCAUCAUCUGGGACAAGUGUGUGGUGACAGGUAAGAUGGACGAGAACCAGUUCGUGGCGGUGACCAGCACCAACGCCGCCAAGAUCUUCAACCUGUACCCCCGCAAGGGCCGCAUCGCCGUGGGCUCCGACGCCGACCUGGUGCUGUGGGACCCGGACGUCACGAAGAUCAUCUCGGCCAAGACCCACAACUCGACUGUGGAGUACAACAUCUUUGAAGGCACAGAGGUGCGCGGCGGCCCUCUGGUGGUGAUCAGCCAGGGCAAGAUCGUGUUGGAGGAGGGGAACCUCCACACCACCGAGGGCUCGGGACGCUUCGUGGCCCGUAAACCUUUCCCUGACUACGUCUACAAGAGGAUAAAGGCCCGCAGCAGGCUGGCAGAGCUGAGGGGCGUGCCCAGGGGACUGUAUGACGGUCCGGUGUGCGAGGUGUCGGUCACGCCUAAAACCAUGACUCCUGCCUCCUCCGCCAAGACCUCACCGGCCAAGCUGCCCAACCAGCCCGUCCGCAACCUGCACCAGUCUGGAUUCAGUCUAUCUGGUGCUCAAACCGACGACAACAUUCCCCGCCGCAGCACCCAGCGCAUCGUGGCGCCCCCCGGUGGCAAGUCCAACAUCGCCAGCUUGGGUUAGAAGCUCCAACCUCAGGCGGCUGAGGAGGGAACAGAGAUGUGAGGGGGGUGAAUGGCCGACGGGAGCAAAAGGGUCGAGAAAACCACAUCGCGAUAACCGGGAGAGCCCCGCCCCUUUUCUGCACCGGUGCCGUCCGCUAGCCUCGAUCUUUGACUUCCUCCUCUGCUGCGUGUUCAUGCACCCACUCCUCCUCCUCUUUCCCAGUACCCGACCCUAGAGGACACUGCUAGAAACAAAACGACAAAUAAUGAAAAAAGAGAAAAAAAUGAAAAACACUCCUUAUUUGAGCACUUUUUAAAGCAUUAUUUUGUCUUUUUUUUUAAAUAAUGUACUUUCUCCCUGCCGUGUGUCCUUUGGAUGUUUGUUAUACUGUUGUUUUAAUAGAGGGGUCGAGACUAAGCUGAAUUAAUACAGUUCAGAAAAGAGGAUACAUUUCAUGCAAGACGUCCAUUAUAUUUCCAUUUUCACUUUUUUCCCGGUGCCUGGGUCCAAACCCAGUUUGGUUAUUUCCUCAUUCUCGUUUCGAAAUAGGCCCAAACAGUAGGUUUGCUUGAAAUUGAAUAGUCUCGCGGUUUAUUCAACUGACAAGAAUCUAACACUUCCAUCAAGCCUGUGACUACCUGUGAUUCGUGUUGUGUUGCAUUUCAAUCGCUUCACUUUCCAGGGGCCUCGCCGUCCAUCAACGCAGCCGCUGCGAUCAACAUGGAAUUGAUUAUUUGCCACGAGGAGCGGCCCGGGGAUUUAAAAAAAAAUGUAGCAACACAGGAAUCCUUUUGACAAGAGAGUUAGACUCCUUGAGUUCGCCCAUCUGUGGCUGAGCUGAGGUACAUGAGUGAAAGAGCAUAUUUCAGUAUUUGGCAGCUGCGAUUAGAGUCUGUGAGUCGACGGGGGGGGGGGGGGGGGGGGCAGCAGAAGGAGCGUUUGCAGGUAGUAAAUAGAGCGUUAGGCCUCGUCUCUGAGCACUAGGGCCCUCGUCAAGUGAGAGGAUUGAAUGAAAAGAUUUAGGAAAGAGAGUCGGCUCAUGGCCUUAUUGCUUCUUAACGGCGUCCUCGUAGAAAAAGUUUGCGGAAGGUGACGUUCACUACGCAGCUACUUCUUUUCCAGUUUGUGAAUUGCAACGGUACAAAUUUGUCUUUUUCAACAGCUACUGAAGCAGCCGAUAACCGUCCCAUCACCAACCAGUGCAUUUACACACAGAAUGUUUCUGACUCUUUUGUACUCAUCGAGAUCCCUCUUUCCUUUUCCAAUCUUUAUGUGCCUGAACCCACAGAAGUUGUACCGAUAGUUUGAUCUAUUUUGUUUCUUUUUUUUUCUUUUCUUGUGUUGGUGUUCUUAAUUGAGGUAAGUGAAGGAUGUAAGAUAAAUUAAAGAUGUAAAAUAGCCAGGAUUUAACCGAUUCUAAGGUGCCAGAUUUUGCGCUUUCAUAGGGCCUCCUCUCCCGGGAGGAGCUCCCGUUAAAGAUGAAAACCGCUCGAUAUCUUGAAAAUGUUCGAAUGUCUUAGAGUUUUUAAACUUGUCGUCAAACUGCUUUUUUUUCCUAGCGUCACCCUGUAUUUAGUUGCCUUAGGGCUGAGCACUAUUGAUUUUACGCUUGAAAGUAGCCAUGAGCUAAUGUACUUCUGACUAGUGUGCAGUGUUGAUGUGCGAGGGAUGGGACACCCCACAGGCUCCCGUACGGGUCUCUCUUCUGUCCUGGACGAGCUGUGCUGAGCGCUCACAUGUUCAUUUUGUCUGCUUUUUUUUUGGGGCCCGAUCUGGUUUUCAUUAAGCCAAGCAAGUGAUUUCCUGUGUUACCUCUUAUGUCAACAAGGUCUUGGCCACCAUCGUCCUGCAGCUUCUUUUUUUAUUUUUUUAUGAGUCAACACGGAGCAACAAGCUCAGCCUGACACAGACACAACCAGGGGGCCGGUUACGUAAACGUAGGUUAUGACUCAGACUUUUCUACCAACUCGUUUUGAACUACUAUGACACUCGUACCAUAUGUACCUUUCAGAAUACCACACUCAUUUAUAUUGUGUUUGGUAUUCUGUAUGUUUGAAAUCAAGCCCCAAACCCGAAGUUAGUUAGCUACUUAAACAUGUUCAAACAAGUCUUUGUGUUGUUGUUUGAAACUCCAACACAAAAUGUCAUUUUAGAAAUCUGAUCCUGAUCUCAGUGGAAAUAAUGAGUGUAUCUGUAAAUGUCCAAACUUUGACGAGCUACAACACACAUGGCUUUUAGCUAGCAAGUCUGUUUUUAUGCAACUGGCCCCUGAUUCACACUCACACACACACACACACACACAAACACACACACAUUUACACACAGUUACACCAUCUCUGUGCUUUCAACUCCAUUCAGCCUGCCCCUCCUCCCCCCUCAUCUAAACGGACGCCUAUAGAAGGGAAAGAGUCCUUCAGCAUUACAAAUGGUGGAUGCAUGUGAAGAAUCUAAAGCUGGGAGGGGGGGGGGGGGGGUCAAUCCACGCCUCUGAAGAAUUCCAAGAUGAGACCAGAUAAGAAUUGGAAACUCCAUCUCCACAGCAACUUGAACAUCACAGAACCUGGGUCAAGAUGGAGGGAUUCAUGUUCCCACUUCCUUUUCACUGUGGUCGACAGUUUCCUCUUUGAAGAGGUCGUAGUACUACUGUAGUACUACUACUACUAUACUAGUCUGGUACUGCAGGCGGGAGCGUGGACGACCUCAAACACUGAUUUGUUGUGAUAUUUUUUCAAAUCCGUCUUUCUCUUCUAUUCAUUCUCCCUGUCCUUUUUCUCUCUCUCUCGUUCUCCACCCCCCUGUCUCUCUCUCUCUCUUCUCUCUCUCCUUCUCUCCACCCCUCCCUCUCUCUCUCUCUCUCCCCCCUCUCUCUCUCUAUCUCCCCCAUCUUUCUUUCGCUCUCUCUCUCUCUCCCCCCCCGACUCUCUCUCUCUCUCCCCCUCCCUCUCUCUAUCUCCCCCCUCUUUCUUUCGCUCUCUCUCUCUCCCCCCCCCCCCCUCUCUCUCUCCAUCACUCCCUUCCUCUCCUCCCCUGGCUCUGUCGUUGUUUCUGGCUGUCGCCGUGGUGACAGACCCCUCCACACUCUCAGGGUUCUGCUUUUUGUUUGUCAUGGCAACCCCUCGUCGGAUCGGAGGUUGCCAUGAGCAACAGCUUGGAGCACGCACAGACACACACACACACACACACAACACAACACAACACCGACACACACACACUUUUAAAAUAAGUCUUUGACAGUGCUGCACCGCUUCAACAUAAUCCGAGUUGUGGAAUCUGCUUGAAAAGAAUCUAUUAGAGUUGAAAGCACACACAGACACACACACACAAACAAACACACACACACAGACACACACACACCCUGAAUGCUGUGCACCCCAUGUCUGAAGAAUUGACCUGGAUGUUAGAAACCCGCUGUCACCUCGUCCUCCUCACCGUGUCCCAUGCCUCCUCAGUUUGCACACAUCCACUAAACCACACACUUAUAUUCCUGUAACGCUCUGUCGGCUUGGAUGCUUUUUCUACGCCUUAUUAUGCUAAUGAUAUAUGACUGAUAUGUAUGUACACUACGUGACUGAGAGGAGCGUCCGUCCCGUUCCGAGGUCGUCUCUUGAUUCCCCCUUCUAGCCCCCCCCCCCCCCAACCCUCUGUAAGAAGCCUGUGCCCCCUUUGUGAAAGUGAAACUGUGUGAUGGUAUUUCGUCUUGGUGGCUGUGGGAUUUCCUGGGAUGCUUGCUCGAUGUGGAAAAAGUGUCAAAUCCCAUGGAUGGUGAUGUAAAAAAAAAAAAAGAAACAAAAAAAAACAACAACAAGGAUUUCAAAGAAUUAAAAGCGAGAACAAAAAAAAGAAUAAAAUCUCUGUUUCGUUUG